AUGGCUUUAUUUAGCUAUUACACUUUACUUGCAUUCUAUUUCAUGUUCCAACAAUACUUUCAUUCUGUUUUUGACUUUCUAUUUCGUACAAUCAUUUAUAUGAUAAUCAUACUUCUCACUCUGAUUUUCCCUUUACUGUUGAUGACAAUAUACAGAGUGAUGAGGUUCAUUCUUUUUGGAAAGGCGCUUAUUACCAUGCGGGAAAGUGAAGCUGCUUGUUUAUUUUAUGGAAUGCCGAUCACCCUCGAAAACCAAUACACCUGUUUAAAAAAGUUACGUAAUGAUUAUGUGGACGGAGAAUUGGUAUUUGGUACAGACCAAGGUAAACCUGAGAUCGUUCCUAAAGAAUAUAUCCAUCAUGAUAAAACUGAUACCUGUUUACAUCGCUACCGACCAUGCAACUUGGCGUUCCUAAAGGCUACUGACUAUAUGAACGAAUAUCGAGACGUGGAGUCAUCACCGUCUAAAUUUUGUACAAAUCGACCUCCACCCUUUCGAUCAUCAGCCUCUUAUAUUGCCAUGUUACGCAAUUGCCACGACAAAUCUCUUUGA